AUGGCCAUGCCGUCCUAUCGCGGUGCCAAUUCCGACUGCUACCCUCCUGAGCUUAACCAACCGACCAUGACUUAUAUGCCGAAUCAUCAUUGGGCGGGUGGCAAUGCUUCUAUGCCUCGAGCUCCGAGAUCCGACAACAUUGAGACGAUGUCGCAACGAAAACUGGCUGGUGAACCGUCCUACCCGGCGACCCUGAACCGCCCUAGGAAGUUGUCCAUGGCCACGUCGUCCACAGCCACCCCGGUCAGCUCCACCAGAGAUAGCUUCGAAAUCAGGUCGAGAAGCUCAUCCUGGAGCAGCCAGACGAGUUUCCAGUCCAACGACUCGUUGGGUGGAUAUUCUGCAUGGCGACCCGAGUAUGCAUAUUCCCGACCUAGCCCUAUCAGGACGAACUUCACACCCAUCAAACGGCUGUCCGGAGAGCUGUUUGCCGCGUUACCGAGCGAAGUACUUGAGCUCAUAUUGGAGAAGCUUCAGGACCAACACAUGAGUUGGAAAAGCGACAGCUGUACAACAUGCGCGAUGCGAGACUUGUGCUCAAUUGCUUCUACAUGUAGGAGAUGGCAUGCUUAUGCGACGCGUGCCCUGUACGAGAACAUCCGGUUGAACGGGGCGGAUUCAGCGGCCCAGAAGAAACGCCACAAAAUUACAUUUGGAUCCAGGCUUGUCUUGCUGCGCCGUACUUUGCGUGCCAACACCGAACUCGCAGCUAUGGUACGCACUUUGAAGGUGCCUAUCCCUCCCGAGGGUCCCUCGCUUGACGACUACCACAACCUCGUGGCGACCCUUGUGAUGGCGUGCCCCAACUUUGAGCGCUUACUAGGCCUUAACCCGCGAUUCGACCACGGCUUCAGCAAACUCUUUCACGCUUUAUCGACUCGACAGCACCUGAAGCAGAUCGACUGGAUCUUGGAAUCACCAGGCCAACAGCAGCAACAGCAGCGUCCGAGCUCUCGGCCGGGUUCGAGCUCGGGGAGGGACAGCACGGCUUUUCUGGAUCUGCACGUCAACUGGACGGUCCUGACAACGCUGUCUAUUCACUCCCUCCCAAGAGCCACGCAAUUUCCCAAUGGCCUGAUCACGAGGACAUCGAGGCGUCUGCCUGCUCUCCAACAUCUCUACCUCUCUCGCCUAUCCCACGCCGCUUUCGACGAUCGCUCACUAUGCUCUCUUCCGCCCCUCCAAACGCUCUCGCUCUCUCACCUGCCCGGUGUUACCAGCAGAGGCCUCUCCGUCUUGGCCACGCGCCCUGCUAGUCAGGCCAUGACCAAACUAACCCUCCGCCACGUGAAGCUCGACUCCCUCCCUGCGCUGGCCCGAAUCUUCUCCAACCUGACCCGUCUUCACACUUUCUCCCUGGUGCAAACGUCUUGCCCCACUCUCCCAGAGGAUACGAUGAUCUGGCUGAUGCCUUACCUUGCUUCUCCCUCUCUAAAGAAGUUGCACUGGGACAUAACGACAACUUCCCUCGUCGCGGAUCCGGCAGAUCAGAUACUCGCCCGCAGCGUUACCACGGGUGGAUUCCCAGCCUUGCGCACCUUGCGUGCACCCAAUGAUCCCGAGGGCGUCUUUCAAUCACUCUGUCGCCCCAUGGAACGCGUCGAGAUCGUCACCGAUAGAUUCUUACAUCCCGGACGGAAUCACUUCAACGUCAGCAGCAGCGGCAGUGACGGGAAUCGGGGCAUGGGUGGCAUGGAUAGACCCCAGAGCCCACCCCGGACGCCCACUACGCCGACCGCCCCGUCCACCCCAACCGCGGCCGUCUUUCGGGAUUCGAGCGACCUGCGCGAGGCCCGUCUAGCAGCCCAGGCGCGCCUUGAGGAGGCACGGCAGGCCCAUCGAUUCUUAGUUCGCGUCGUGAAUGAGGACGGUGUCUUGGUAGACGAGUUUGGACUGGCUGGAUUUCUGGGAACUCUUGGCAGUCCGAUACGAUAUAUGCUGCUGCCGGAUGCAGGAGCUCGCGAUGACAAGGGUGGGCUAGUGGACAUGGACGACGUCAUGGGCCACUGCGGUGAAGACAUCAGCGACCGCAAAGGGUGUUGCGGGCGAUGGAACAUGACCACGAGCGGCUACGUUGACCGGAUAGAGAAGGAGAAGUGGUGGCAUACGGAACGUGGGCGGUGGAUGGCCCUGGACUUGGCCUAG